GAAUGUUUUGGUUUUGUUUUUAGCGGCGAACGCGAAAUAGUUUUCGUAAUAUUUCGUCACAGUUAGCUGAUUAAUAUUUUGCAAAUCAUGGCUACAUAUUUCGGUCUAGAUCUUAUGUUUCAUAUUGUCGAGAAGGAUAUCUCCAAGAAAAGUGAUGUUCUACUAAUAUUCACCCACUGGUUGUUGAGCAAGGAAGGUUUCAAAUGCAUUGGUCUCGGACAUUCUGAAACUUUUAAAGGAGAUGAGCCAACCAGUGAUGUUCCUCCAGAUGGCUGGAAUAAAGAUGAAACUUACGCAGUACGUUAUCUUAAGGAUGGCGGGCUUUUCAUUUUACGAGGUGUCAAAUCCAAUGAUGAUUUGGUUCUCAACUUAUUGCGAGUCUCAGAUCUUGAGGUUGCAUCAGUGGCUGUUAAUGUGAAUGAAUCAGUUGGCGAAUUGAAAGGUAAAAUUGAGGAGAUGAUACCGAAGCAUGCCGAGGUUUUUUCCACGCUUCAAAAAGAACUCAUAGACCCUGUGAAUCUAAAAACAAGCAAAAGUGCGACAACCCAAACACAGAAAGAAGAUGCUGCAUCUACAACAUCAACUUUAACAGAACCUUAUGGAAUACCUGAAAGGCGUGGUGGUUUCCCAGGCCUAGGAAGACAACCUGAUCAUUCUGAUCCUUUUGGUGUCAGGCAACCAGGUCGUUCAGACCCGUUUACUGAUCCUUUACGUGUUGGCCGUAGUGACUUAAAUCCAUUGGCACGUGGUGGGGGUAUGUUAUUUGACCCUUUUGGACUUCCAACUCAGCCAAAUUUCGGCGGAGGUUUCCCAAGACCUGGAUUUGGUAUGCCAGGUGUACCGCCAGGGGCUAGGUAUGACCCGAUUGGCCCAGGAGGAAUUGGCCCACUAGGACCAGGACGUGGAAAUCGACGAACAGGACCUGACCCUGAUCACUUACCACCUCCAGGAUACGAUGAUAUGUUCAUGUGAUGAGUCUGUAUUUUUGUUUGGCCUUACUAUCAGGUGUCGAUUUCCUGAUGGAUUUGUGAUCGUUAGUGCUUCGUUUUUAGCACUUUUUUGUACAUAUUUGUAAGAUUAUUUUCUAAUGUUUUCGUUUCUGAAUAAACUUUUGUAAUUUCAUUUUUACGGAA